UCUUUUACCAUCCAAAUCUCCAGCCCACUCCAAUUCUGAAAACUCUUCCAAUGGGUUCCAUUGACACGCCGACAAUUACAGAGAACGGUUCGACCCAGUUACAAGCCGCCGCUCCUUCCGGCGGCGACCACAAGCCUCCGGCCUCAGCUAACGGAGCGCAAGUGGAGGUGUCGCCGGAGCCUGAGGCAACGAAAAAGAGGAGGUCGAGUAUGCUACCGCUGGAGGUGGGUACUCGCGUGAUGUGCCGCUGGAGGGACGGCAAAUAUCAUCCUGUCAAAGUUAUCGAACGCCGUAAGAUGCCCUACGCUGUGCCCUAUGAUUACGAAUACUACGUUCAUUACACCGAAUUUAAUAGGAGGCUUGAUGAAUGGGUGAAGCUUGAACAGCUUGAUCUUGAUUCUGUCGAAACUGUUGUCGAUGAAAAGGUUGAAGACAAGGUAACAAGCUUAAAAAUGACACGCCACCAGAAGCGGAAGAUUGAUGAGACGCAUGUAGAAGUAGGCCAUGAGGAGCUCGAUGCUGCUAGCUUGCGUGAACAUGAGGAAUUCACAAAGGUGAAAAAUAUAGCGACCAUAGAACUUGGAAGAUAUGAAAUUGAGACGUGGUACUUCUCGCCCUUUCCGCCAGAAUAUAAUGAUUCGCUGAAGUUGUACUUUUGUGAGUUUUGCCUCAACUUCAUGAAGCGCAAAGAGCAACUUCAGAGGCAUAUGAGAAAGUGUGAUCUGAAGCAUCCCCCUGGUGACGAAAUAUAUAGAAGUGGUACUCUGUCAAUGUUUGAGGUUGAUGGCAAAAAGAAUAAAGUUUAUGGGCAGAAUCUUUGUUAUUUGGCAAAGUUAUUCCUUGACCACAAGACCCUUUAUUAUGAUGUUGAUCUGUUUCUGUUUUAUGUUUUAUGUGAAUGUGAUGAUCGAGGUUGCCAUAUGGUUGGAUACUUUUCUAAGGAAAAGCAUUCUGAGGAAUCAUAUAAUUUGGCAUGUAUCCUUACCCUUCCUCCGUAUCAAAGGAAAGGCUAUGGAAAGUUUUUGAUCGCCUUUUCAUAUGAACUUUCGAAGAAAGAAGGUAAAGUUGGUACACCUGAAAGACCACUAUCCGAUCUAGGGCUCUUGAGCUACAGGGGGUACUGGACGAGGGUUCUUUUAGACAUCUUGAAAAAGCAUAAGGGAAAUAUUUCCAUCAAGGAGCUCAGCGACAUGACAGCUAUAAAAGCAGAGGAUAUAUUGACCACCCUGCAGAGUCUAGAACUGAUUCAGUACAGGAAAGGUCAACAUGUUAUCUGUGCAGACCCCAAGGUCUUGGAUCGCCAUCUAAAAGCAGCUGGCCGUGGUGGUCUUGAGGUUGAUGUUAGCAAAUUAAUCUGGACACCAUAUAAAGAACAGAGUUAAUGAUGCUACUCAUAUAAAGAACAGGUUCGAAUUACACUAACGAGUUUGUCUACUUAGUAGCUGUUUAGUUAGGAAUUUGUAGCUACUUGUGUUUUAUGUAUAAAGCUGAGGUCUUAGAUUAUGAGAUUAGAAACUCAAACUUAGAUCAACUCAAGAGCCAUUUACAUUCUAGAUGUACUUAUUGCCAUCACACCAUCACCUGUGUCAUCUGAGAUAUGUCGGGACAAGCUAACCUGUAUAUGUUUUAUUACACCGUGAGUUACAAUAUAACGACUUUCGUCUC